GUUCAUAAAAAAGUGGACACAAGGAAACCAUAGUUUUCCCUAUAAAUCAUUCUGAGUAGUCCUAUACCCUCACCUCAACCUUGCUGCCAGCCUGCCGUUGCUCUCUAAUCUCAGGAGCCAUCUUCAUAGUUCAUACUUCAUGCUCUCAGCCUCACCAAAAUUCCAUGACAGACCCUACACCUUUUAACAACAAGCUACAAGGUAAAGUGGCUAUCAUCACCGGCGGCGCAAGCGGCAUCGGCGAGGCUACGGCACGUCUCUUCGCCGAUCACGGCGCACGAGCCGUCGUUGUCGCCGACAUCCAAGACGAGCUGGGCAGUGGCGUCGCCGAGUCAAUCGGCUUACACCGCUGCAGGUACAUUCACUGUGAUGUAACCGAUGAGCAGCAGAUCAAAGCGAUGGUGGAAUCGACGGUGAAGAUGUUCGGACAACUCGACAUCAUGUUCAGCAACGCUGGGAUUAUGAGUAUGGGCGACCAGACCAUACUGGAGCUGGAUCUAUCAGCUUCCGACAAGGUGUUUGCAGUAAACUCACGCGGCAUGGCGGCGUGUGUGAAGCACGCGGCUCGUGCGAUGGUGGAGGGUGGAGUUAAAGGGAGCAUAGUGUGCACGGCGAGUGUGGCUGCGACGGUGGGGAAUGACAAGUUCACUGACUACAUAAUGUCGAAGCACGCGGUGUUGGGGCUAGUGAGAUCUGCGAGUAAGCAGCUGGGCACGUACGGAAUAAGGGUGAAUUGCUUGUCACCGACGGCAGUGGCGACGCCAAUGCUUUGCAGCGCAUUUAAGAUGGGCGUGGAGGAGGCGGAGAAAUUUUUUGUAGAGGACAUGGAUUUAAAAGGGAGAGGGGCGGUGCAAGUGAGACACGUGGCGGAUGCAGCGUUGUUUCUUGCUUCCGACGAUUCUGAGUUUAUAACGGGACAUAACUUGGCCAUCGACGGGGGCUUCCGCCGGUGAGUAUGUUACAUUUCAGGAAGGGAAGCGAAAAAGCUAUUUUCCUUUUCCUUUUUGUUAUUUUCAAUAAGUUAUUUCACAUGAAAUGUCAGUAUCAUUUUGGCCAACUCAU